GUAAAAAUCGUUUUUUCUGCGAGUUUUCACGUAGCAAUAGCGCCCUUUUCGUGCUGAAGAGGUGAAAAUUUAAUUUAUUAAUUCAUUAAGGUACAAUUCGUACACUUAUGAAAGUCAAUUUUGAUGCCAUCGGUUCAAAAGACUACCAGGAGGAAGUUCUGAGAAGAACCGGAAAGAAACUCAUGCCGUUCGAGCGAGUAUGGGACGCGUCAUGUCCAAAAGUCUGGUCAAAAUGGGAAACAAAUGGCCAUGAAUGGGUCGUGCAGGAUUUGGAAGUUGGGGACUUUGAAAACGUGGUCAAUAUCCUUCUGGAAGAAAUGUACUCCGAUGAAGUAUUAUGUUCACUCAGCAAUUUACGGGAGGAUGCAGACAGCGUGGUUGGGUUGAAGAAGUUCUGGGCAGCGUGUCUAGCUCAGAGGAUGUCACUGGGGCUCUACACCUGGGUGAACGGUGUGAAGACGCUUGCAGCGGUCAACGUAUGCGUCGCAUCAGCAGCGGGUGAAAACUUUCCGGAUAUCGAGGUAGAAGGUGCGGCUUGGAAAAACGUGUACCUAGCUGUAGAAUAUAUUGAGAACAAGCAGGAUCCUCACCAGUAUACAGGGCUGGAUACUAUGUUGCACGCUUUUGGUUUGCUGGUGAAGAGGCAGUUCCGGGGCUCCAAACUGGGAGAGAGAUUAUUGAGCGCUAGGGAGCCCUUGUGCAGAUUCAACGGGAUAAAGGGAACAGCUACGGUGUUUACGGGACCAGCAUCUCAGAAGGUCGCCACUUUGGCCGGAUUCCAGGAAAUCUGUGAAGCGACUUUGAAAGAACUGGCUGAAAGUGGUCUGAAAUAUCCGAGCGAUGAAAACAGAUCUAUCAAACUGAUGAUUAAAUUAUAUGAAUAGCAGCUUGUAUAAUAUAAGUAAUAAUUAGUAAGGUUUCUCAAAAGAGUCUUUAUAUUCUAAAAUUAAAACUAAUUAGGUAUACAUAAAACCUCAUUAGAAAUCUAAUAAUAGACUCUUAUAUAUUUCAGUCAUUAGGACAUUUUUCAUCUAACUCUUAGAUAAUUUAUACGUCUAGAUAAGGUCUCUUGCUGCUAGACAACCGAUGAAAACAGGCCAGGGCUAUUAUUUUAGUGUGCAUGACAAGCUACGUACGUCUUUCAUUCGUGAUAUGUAUGUCACUUUGUGUAAGUUUGCGUGCUUGCUUAAAAUGGAGGUUAAUUAAUGUCAAUCUCAUUUUUUUUCAAACUCUUCACAGGUGUCACAGUCUCUCUCUAGACAUAUAAAUGAUGUAAGAUCUAACUAACAAACUUUAUUUCAUAAAAACAAAUAAUCUACACAAAUAAAAUUUGGAAAACAAAUUUUAUGAACGAUGCGGGACUCAAACCCACGAACUCCGGCGUUCCGUGCCGGUGCUCUAACCAACUGAGCCAACUGUUCGAGUAACGUAUCAUUAUAAAAUCUUGUUUGCUUUGUUCAACUCUCAAUCUUGAAAUCUUUUAAUCUUGUAUGCGAUGUCCCAAUUUUUGUUGUUAAUUUAUUCCACCAUUUUCAAAUAUAUAAGAAUUCAUUUUACCAUAUUCAAAUAUGUAAGACAUAAAGUGAAACGGCAAAUCACAAUUUACAUCAUUUGCCGAGGACAUUGUUUUGUCUCUGUUUUUCAACAUUUCAAAUAGAUAAUAGAUAAUUUAAACAGAACGGCUUCAUAUUUUGUGUAGACAAGACUAUAAAAGGUGAUUGACAGCUUCAUUAUCUACCUCCCGCAUUGAACAUUAAUCUAUUUACAUAUAAAUAAGUUGUUACUUUUGUAGCGAGGUUACCAGAUGUUCUAGGUAAGGCUAGCUAUUAGGAUAUUUUAAUUAUUUCUGUGAAGGUCUUAUCAACCAAUAUGGAUAUUUUAUUUCCUUAUAUUUCUUUAAUGUUUCAUCGGUAUUGAUACAGACUAGUUUCGGACCAUUCACAGGUCCUUCAUCAGGGUUCGCGAUAACGUCUUAGGAGACGAUAUAUAUAAGCAUAAAUCGUAAUUGAAGCCUUAUAAGUAAAUAACGUAACAACGUCUCACGAAAGUUUUAAUAAUUUAAUAUGGAUAUUUGUUUAAUAUAUUGAAUUUAUUUGUAAGAAGUUAAAUACACAAUUUGAAAAUUA